AAAUCCACCUGUUUUCUUUUCUAUGCCUUUCUGGAAUAUUUCUUUUCCUUUCCUCUUAAAACAAUUAUUUUCCUUCCCUUCCAUUCCAUCAUUCUUCUCUCCACUUCAAAACACUAGUCUUCCCCUAUCUUCUUCUACCUCUCUCUCUCUCUCUCUCAUCACACUUUUCUUUCAUGGUCCCUUCUUCUUUCUCUUGACUUUGUUUUUUUGUUUGCUAAUUACACUUCCAUGUCCUCUUCUUUUUCUUCUUAGCUUUCUCUCUCUCUCCAAUCUUUUUUUUUUUUCCUAAUUUUUUAUCUUAUUUUGUUCAAAAGCUAUAGCACAAGGUUUUCUUCUCAGAUAGAAGAUAUUAUAGAGCUAGAGAGUUAACUAGCUUUCCAGAUUCUUUCCAAGGGAAAGCCUAAAAAAGAAAACAAAGAGAACACAAUAUUGUGUUUGAGGACUUUGAACAAAAACAAAAGGAUUGAACAGUUCCUUGCUUGUGAAUAUUGCACUUUAAUUCCUUUUUUUAAUCUGAUUUUAAUAAAGGAAAAUAAAAAAGAAGCUCAUCUUGUCUUUCAUAUAUAUUUUGUUAUAACCAUAUAUAUAUUAUCAAGGUUAGUUCACCUUUUUCUAAAGAAGAUGCCCUUGGAAGGGAUUUUCAUUGAACCAAUUUCAACAUCAACAACACCACCUGAUCUUUCUCUUCAAAUAAGUCCUCCAAGUACUUCUAAUUCUUCUUUGAUUUGCAAUAACACAACUCAAACAUCAAAUUAUGAACCUCAUAAUUCUUCAAGAACAACUUUGGCUCAAGCUCAAGCUCACACUGAACUCUCUCUAGGAAGAAAUUUUAGUGUUAGUGGUGGUGCUCAAGAACAACCACAACAACAUCAACAACCACAUAACCCUUAUUAUCAAAACCAACAAGCUCAUUUUCCUCACUUUCAACAUCACAACUCUACAACAACUACAACAAGUACUACAACAAAUUCUUCAAGUCACAUGAAUCACAUAAAUUAUGGUGUUUCAUUGCUUGAUGUGUCAUCAACAUCAUCAGAAGGGUUAAGACCAAUCAAAGGAAUUCCAGUUUAUCACAACCGUUCAUUCCCUUUUCUACCAGCCAUGGAACAUUCAAGAGAAAAAGAUCCCAAGAUGUGUUUAUAUCACCACAUGCCUAAUUCAACUCCGUCUCCUUCUUCGUCUUCAUCUCCUCUUUCCCCCUACAUAGCUGCAGGAGGUUUAGAUCCCAUGUCGUUUUUAAACUCCAGUGGCUCUGCGGCGGCUUAUCGAGCCGCCGUAGCCACAAGGUUUAAUAACGAACCUUUCAAAUCUCAUCAAUAUCCAUUGCACCACCAUCAUCAUCAUCACUCACACUAUGGUAGUGUUGGACUUGGAAGCUCAGAAGCAUCCAUGAUGAGAUCAAGGUUUUUGCCUAAAUUACCGACAAAAAGAAGCAUGAGAGCACCAAGAAUGCGAUGGACAAGUACUCUUCAUGCUAGAUUUGUUCAUGCUGUUGAGCUUCUUGGUGGCCAUGAAAGAGCAACACCAAAGUCAGUUUUGGAACUGAUGGAUGUGAAGGAUCUCACAUUAGCUCAUGUAAAAAGCCAUUUGCAGAUGUAUCGAACUGUUAAGACAACUGACAAACCUGCAGCUUCUUCAGGCCUUUCAGAUGGAUCUGGAGAAGAUGAUGUGCCACAAAUUGGAAGCAAUGGUGGAAUUCGUCAAUUUUCAGAUCAAAGAGGGCUAACAGAUAGACCAAUACAGCAAGAUAUGGAUUACUCAUCCACCAACACUCUAUGGAGUAAUUCUUCAAGUAGUAGAGAACCAUGGCCACAAACAAGUCCAAACGACAUAGAUGGUUUCAGACCAACUAUCUUCCAAUCACAACCAAUAUCAGGAGGACAUCAAAUUCAGGAGUGUGAUUCAAAUCAGCUCAAGAACAAUUUGUCAGGAUCUAAUUUAGAGUGUAAGAACCCAAGCUUGGAGUUCACAUUAGGCAUACCAGAUUGGAAUGGCAAAGGACAAGCUUAAUUAAUUUCCUUUGGUUCCCAUAUUAGUUGUCUCUAUUACUUUUGCAUUCAUUUAAUUAUAAUCCACAAUAUGACAUAACAUCGUCAUGCAGAGGUGUAUUAGAUAUAUAAUAUAUAAAUUGGUGUGAAGGAGAAGAUAAAAGCCCUACAUAGUUCUACUAAGUUCCAUAAUUUCAGAAGUAAUUUUCUGAGUUCAUGAACAAUUUUGUUUAGCUUUUUUCUUGUAUUUAUUUUUUAUUUAUUGGUGAGGAAGAGGUAUUUAUUUACAAGGAGAAGCUGAUGUUGCUGCAUAUGUAGAGGAACAAGGAAGAAGAAAUUACUAGUAAACUUUUAUUUUAGUUUAACUAGUUCUCAUUUUCCUCUUGCUCUAUCAAUUUCAAUGUAACUCUUAAUUAAAAGCAUUUUGCAGCACCAUAUUCUUACUAGUUCUUAUAGUUAAGAACUUGUUAUUCAUGAGUA